AUGUUCUUUCCCCCGACGAGAGCUGCCUUUGUUGGCCUGCUGUUGAUUCUUUCAACCACUGCAGCUCCGUUGCAGAAGCAGAACCCGGAGCCUGUCAUCACGACAAACGUACGUACGUGAAAGCACGCUCACAUUCCCCAACGAACGCUACAUCUUCGUAGUUCGCAGACCCGUCGGUCCUCAAAGUCGGCGAUACCUGGUAUGCGUUCGGCUCGCAAUCCAACGUUGGUUCCAAGCAUAUCAAAGUCCAACUCGCCACUUCGAAAGACCUCAAGACCUGGACGGUGACAGGCAAGGACGCCCUCGGUACCCUCGCGCCAUGGGCCGAUGCUUCGAACCCAAAAGUCUGGGCACCGUCUGUCUCGCAGCGUGACGACGGCAGCUUCUUGAUGUACUACUCGGCAAUCACCAAGACGGCAGGCAACGGCCUCCUCCACUGUCUCGGCACGGCAAUGAGCAAAUCGAUCCAGGGACCUUACAAUUCCAACUCCGACGAACCUUUUGCCUGCCCUACAGAGCAGGGCGGCGCUCUCGACGCUUCGGCUUUCCACGACGCCGACGACGGGAAACACUACGCUCUCUACAAAAUCGACGCCAACGCCCUCGGCCACGGCGGCCUCUGCGAGAAUACCGUGCCGCCCAUCCAGACCACCCCCAUCGUGAUCCAACAAGUCCAAGCCGACGGGACGACCAAAAUCGGCGACCCCAAAACUCUCCUCACGAAUUCGGAAUCCGACGGCCCCCUUGUCGAAGCUCCCUAUCUGGUUCGCAACGCCGAUGGCGUGUACGUCUUAUUCUUCUCUUCGCAUUGCUGGGCAACGGCACAAUAUGCUGUGAACUAUGCCACGAGUACCGCUCCGACGGGAGGCUUUGUCAGGUCUGCGAAGGCGUUGUGGGCUACGGGCACACGGGGCAUGAUUGGACCGGGAGGGGCUUCGAUUUUGCCGGAUGGGAAAUAUAUCGCCUUCCAUGGAUAUGCUUCGAGGGAGGAGGUGGGGUCUGUACGGUCGAUGUAUAUUGCGCCGAUUCAGUUUCGGGGUCGUGAGGUGUUGAUUUGA